CUUCUCAUGGACUUUCAAUGGAAAUAAAUUCUGGAGGAAAUAAAACUAGGAGUGUAUCGAGGAAUGGAAGUUUACACUUACAUUUUGGAAAGAUCACCUUUGAGAAUUAGCCAUGUCCCUGGCACUGGUCGAUGGCUGAAGACAUGCCGCACUCCCCUAAGAGAAGAUGAAGGUUUCCAGGUGCACUUGGAGACUCUGAGCCAGGAGGACAGCACUUCCUGGAGUCUGACGACCCUUGUUGUAUGAGGAAGGGGCAUCAGGCCCCCGGCGCCAUGGAGGUGAUAGGCGAACACGAGGCUCUGCAGCAGUUCUUUGAAGCCCAGGGAGCCAGCAGUACACUGGAAAAUCCUGCCCUGGAUACAAGUCUGCUGGAGGAGUUCUUGGGCAAUGAUUUUGAUUUGGGGGCUCUGCAAGGCCAGCUCCCUGACAGCCCACCCUACUCCGCAUCAGACUCAUGCUCCCCUCCACAGGGCAAAGAUGCCUGCCACCAGGCCCUGAGGACCACACCUGGCCGGGCCCUGGCUGCCUUUCCCCACUGCACAGCUGCUCCCCGGAUGCUGCCAGCGCACCCUCCACAGAGUAUGGCUGCCGUGAGCUACGCCUGCCAGACCCACGGCGGCUUUCACACCUGCUGUCCCGACACCGGCCACCCUGCCCCUCCGCUGGACCAGUGCGCGCCCUCCCAUCUGGGGCUAAGUUGUGCUCACCAUCAGCAAACGCUGUGCCACAUCCCUGGAGCCUCCCUGCCCCCCAGCAAGAAGAGGAAGCACACACAGGCACUGGAGGGCCCCGAGGACUGCCGAGUGUGGCCGCACUACUCCAGACCAAUGACAAGCAGGAGUCACAGCAGCGACAUCCAAGACCACGACGGUGAGGGACAGAAUGGGACACCUGUGGACCAGUGCUCCCCUGCUCUGAAGUGGCAGCCCUACCAAAGUGUCCCUUGGCACAGCUUGUUGAACAGUCACUAUGAAAAACUACCCGAUGUGGGCUAUCGAGUUAUCACAGACAAAGGAUUUAAUUUUUCACCAGCAGAUGAAGCUUUUGUUUGCCAAAAGAAGAACCAUUUUCAGAUAACCAUCCAUGUCCAAGUUUGGGGGAAUCCAAAAUUUGUGAAAACCCAAAUGGGCCUAAAGCCAAUAGAAAUGUUUUACUUGAAAGCUUUUGGAAUUAAGGCAGAAGCCACCAAUCAAAUAAUUGCUAUUGAACAGUCCCAAGCAGAUAGAAGCAAAAAGAUUUUCAAUCCUGUUAGAAUCGACCUCCUGGCCGACCAGGUCACCAAAGUAACGCUGGGACGAUUACACUUCAGUGAAACCACAGCAAAUAACAUGAGAAAGAAGGGGAAACCAAAUCCUGACCAGAGAUACUUCAUGUUGGUGGUUGGACUGUAUGCUGCUAACCAAGACCAGUUCUAUCUGUUGUCUGCCCACAUCUCUGAGAGGAUCAUUGUAAGGGCCUCUAACCCAGGGCAAUUUGAAAAUGACAGUGAUGCAUUAUGGCAGCGAGGACAAGUCCCAGAGUCUGUCGUCUGUCACGGUCGAGUAGGAAUAAACACAGAUGCGCCGGAUGAAGCCCUGGUUGUCUGUGGCAACAUGAAAGUGAUGGGGACGAUCCUGCAUCCCUCUGACAGCCGUGCAAAGCAGAAUGUCCAGGAGGUUGACACAAAUGAACAGCUGAGAAGAAUAGCCCAGAUGAGGAUUGUUGAGUACGAAUACAAGCCUGAAUUUGCAUCUGCGAUGGGAAUAAACACUGCUCAUCAAACAGGAAUGAUUGCCCAGGAGGUGCAGGAGAUCCUGCCUGGAGCCGUCAGAGAGGUUGGCAGUGUCACCUGUGAGAAUGGAGAGACGCUGGAGAACUUCCUCAUGGUCGAUAAGGACCAGAUCUUUAUGGAAAAUGUAGGUGCGGUGAAGCAGCUCUGCAAACUAACCAACAACCUUGAAGAAAGAAUAGAAGAGUUAGAGAUAUGGAACAAAAGGCUGGCCAGGCUGAAGCGCCUCAGCAGUUGGAAGUCCUCAGUCAGUGAAGCGAGUUCAAGCAGCAAAUUUAGCAGAACUGUUAGUACAUCUUCUCGAAGAAAAGCCAUUUCCAAAAAUGCCAAUAAGGUUUAUUUUUCAGGAAAAAGCCAGUCGUGUCCUCACUGGGUUUUCCAGACUUUGGUUAUCAGUCUGACAGCGGUAAUGGCCUUUUGUGCCUUGACAAUAGUCUCCCUUUACAUACUUAGCUUAAAAGAUCAAGACCGACAGGCCUCCAGUCUCCCUACAAGCAACAUCACAAGCUCCCAGGAGCCCGUGCUGCCAACCACAGGCUCCGCUGCAGCACCUCAUACAACCCUGGCAGCCACCCAGCCCAACUUGGAAGUCCCUGAGAUCACUUUCUGUGAGAUCCUGCCAUGUCAGGAGACCAGCUGCUGCCCUGUCUGGGGAACGCGAAGAGUCUCCCCAAGUGCUUUACAAGCCCAGUCCAAGGAGGAGACGGGAAACCAUCAGAGGCAUUGGGGAGAAGACAGAAACAAAUCAUUCCUGGCAAGAGAUACGCUCAGCAGACUUAACAGGGGGAGUGACUGGAUUGAUACAACCAUCAGUUCUAUUCAGAUUAUGGAAAUCCAGCAAAUAAUAGAUCAUCGGUACUGCAGUGAAAGCCUUCAGUGCAGGCCUGGAAACUAUAAUUACAAUAUUCCUGUUAAUGAGAAGACACCCACUAACGUCAAAUUCUCUCUAGAAAUCAACACAACAGAGCCACUGAUAAUCUUCCAGUGCAAACUCGUCCUUGGGAAUAUAUGUUUCCGUAGUAAAAUGGAAGCCAAAGCGAUCCAAAGCCACGAAGUUUCCCAGGAAAUCACACAGGGGUAUCAGCACAUUUGGACCCUCCCUGUAGCUCCUUUCUUUGACAGCAAAUACCAUUUCCGUGUAGCUGCACCAGACUUAGCUGACUGCUCCACGGAUCCGUAUUUUGCUGGGAUAUUCUUCACAGAUUACUUCUUUCACUUCUAUCGACAUUGUACUUAAUUUAUUCAAGUUUAAGGACUUUAUCAAAGAAAAAGACUCAGAACGUGGUUAACAGGAACUUAUAUCCUCUUGCAACAUUUUCUAGCUGGAAGAACUUUAGCAAGCCUUGGCUUCCAAUCGUUUUGAGACAUUAAUGAGGAGAAUAAAGUGUUUGCUGGA